UCUAUUCGAAAUUCUAACCUAACAUUAUUUCCUCAAAGUGUUUCAAAAGUGUCACCAUGGAAGAAACGCACGUGGAAGAUGAAAAUAUAGAUGUAAAUGAUAGUUCAAACCAUUUGAAGAUCAAAACUACAAUUCUGGAUAAUUUUAAGAACCUAACAAAAGAUAAGGAUAAAGUGCGAAAUAAAGCUGGUGCCCAUUUAGUGAAAUAUUUGAUAGAAAAUCAAGAGAAUGAAACUGAAUACAAAUAUGCAUUGGGCAGAUUGAUCAGAGGUCUUGGUUCAUCAACGGUCAGUGCAAGAUGCGGUUUCUACUCCACAUUCAUGCCAUUAUUGAAUUUGUCAGAUGUAUCUGUGGAGCAGAUAUUCGAAGUUGUUGAGAAAGAACUUCAUAAAGGAAAAAGCAACUCAAAAAGUGAGAAUGCUGAUGUUUCUAUGGGCCACAUUUUGGUAUGCACUGCCAUUAUAAGGUCUGGCUUAUACAUGAAAAGUUCUGAUGAAGAUCAGAAAAAAGUACUGGACUGCAUUUUGAAUGCUGGGAAAGAAAGAAGCUAUUUGCUAUAUCCUGCAUAUGAACUAAUAUUGGAUUUGGUUGAAAAUGUUAGCAAAGAUGUUUUUCAAUCCCUCAUUCUGCCUGUGAUAAAACCACAAUUAGAAAAACCAUUUUCUGACUACAAUUUAGACUCAUUCUACUUUUUGAUAAUGCUCACAAAUAAAUAUCCCAAACUUAUAGGCAAACAAAUUUUGAAAAAAAUAUCAUCGAGUUCGACUUUCAUAGCCGAGAGCAAUCUGGAAGCGUUCUCAAACAUAUUACUGGCCAUUCCUAAAAUAUCAUCCUUACAACAUCCAGUUUAUGAAUUGUUUGGGAAAAUGGUUGUUAAAACGAAAUUCACCAUUGAAUUAAUCAAACAUAUGGAUAAGGCCCUAUCCAAAUACAACAAAAACAAACAUUUAGUCAUAAUAAAUUUCCUGACCAUAAUUUUGAAAAAUAUAGAAGAACCGAAUGACGUUCCGCAUCUCUUGGAACAAAAUUUCAUUCAACAGACUAUAACAGUAUUCAGACAGCUAAAGGGUAAUGAAAAAGACUUGCAACUGAAGAAACUAACCCACACACUCUUCGACACCAUUCUCGAAGUAUUGAAGAAAGAUGAUGUCUCAGAAAAAACAAAAAUUUCUAUCCUGAAAAGACUGUUGUUUCAUCCUGGAACGUUCAUAUUUGAGAAGAUCACCAAAAGCAAACUCGUUCAGAACAUAACUUCAACUCUUAAAAACGAAGGUGUGAAAGAACUAGCCACCAUAUACAAGGAAGUUGUGAUGUUGGAAAAUGAAAAAUUCAACGCCGAUACAUCUGAAACCUUCCAAAAUAACGAUAGGUUAUAUGCCGCCAAUUUGUUGGUCAAACUACUUUGUCAUCCGAGCAUGCACGAAGAGAAUGAAUGGAAGUGCCAACAGCUCAAGUUUUUCAUGCAGUUGGGGCUCACAAAGCAGCCCAAAGUGGGCGUGGAAUUAGCCAGUUCAUUGAAGGACACAUUCUUCAGAUCACUGGACUUGAAGUUAUCAAAAUUGGAACACCUCAGCCACGUAUUAUUGGACGUUUUCAAUGAACUGGACUCUUACCAGUCACAAGGUUUAGAAGUGAGAUCUCCAUUAACGGAAGAGGUCAGCGAGACGUGGUCCAAAGCCAAGAACCUCAUAAACAAAAUUCAAUCCAAGAAAACGAAAAAAAUUAAGCUCGUUUUUGAAAUUUUAUUCUUGCACUUGAGCCUACAACUAUUCAAUGACGUUAAAUUGGCAAAGGAUUCGUUGGAAGAACUGUUCAGUUGCUAUGAAAGAUUGAAGAAGAAAAAAGAUGCGGAAAAUGAAAACGAUCCAGCUUGGAUAGAAGUUGUUGUUGAAUUAUUCCUCAGUCUCUUAUCCCACAAUUCAAGUCUCCUGAGAAAGGUUGUAAACUGUGUAUUCCCGCAUCUUUGCCAAUACUUGAACGCUACAGCUGUGCAUCAAAUUUUAUCGGUCCUGGAUCCUAACAACGAAGAUAACCCUCUUACGAAUAAAGGUGACAUAUCUGAUGAUGAUGAUAUGUCUGAAGAUGAUGAAGGAGAAGAAUUAAGCGAUGAAGAAGAUGAAAGUGAUGAUGAAGAAGUGGACGAUGAAGAAGAGAGCAGUGAAGAGGAGGAUCUGGACGAAACUAAAUCAGAUAAGUUACGGAAAGCUUUACAGAUCGCUUUAAUGCAGAAUACGGACAAUGAUGGAGUAGAAAGUGAUAUCGAUAUAGAUCAAAUAGAUGAGGAGCAAGGGGAAAAGCUGAACAAAGCGCUAGGCGACGUCUUCAAACAGUUCAAAACCAACCGUGGGAAAUCCAAGAAGCAAAACAAGAAUGAUGAAACACUGACUCAUUUCAGGAUAAGGGCUCUUGAUUUGAUUGAGAUAUUCUUAGAUUCCAACCCUUCCAUGAUACUGACCUUGGAAAUAUUAGUACCUCUGUUACAGCUGCUGGAAUUUAGCAUAAAAGACAACCAUCAGAAACCUCUACAGAAUCGAGUUAAAUCUUGUCUCAAAAAAAUGACUUCCAUGAAAAAAUUUGCGGACUGUUCUGAGGUGACUGACAAAACUUUGUGUGAUUUCUUAGGGAGUCUUUUGGAAAAAGGAACGAGGAAUUCCACAAUGUUACAAUUUAUGGGAAAUGAAAUUUCCCAAUGCUGUGUAUUCAUAAUCAGAUGUUCGCAAGUGUUAGUUAAUAAUGAGGAAACCCCUAAAAAAGUGAAGAAACAUUUGAGGGAGGAUAUAACAAACAUCAUCAAGAAUUCUUUAGAUAAUUAUAUGAGGAGGAGAGACUGUCAUUUGCCUAAUCAAAUUUUCAAACAAACGGCACAGUUAAAUUGGAAUGGCAACAUUGAGCUUUUGAAGUACUUAUCGUCUGUUAUAUUCGAGGAAGAUAUCAAGCCCUAUAAAAAGAAUCUAGCGGCAGAUUUAAUCAGGAUCUGUUUCACCAAUCACAGGUUGUUAACCACUUGCGAUGACAAAUUGAAAGACGAUUUGAAAGAGAUAGCGAUGGGAUUUUUGAAUGAGUGCCAAAAACUCUUUGGAAAUUUAGUAGAAAAUCAAAGCAAUGGCAACGUACGAGAGAAAUUCAUUUCAUAUCUCUUUAUUAUUAUAGCAGCAAUCAAAAAAGGCCCCUUAGAAAUAAACGAAUUCCAAUGGAAAGACUUAGGAGAAAUAAUCAGAGAAUAUAGAAGUUUUAUUAAAACAAAUCAAGAGACUAAAAAAACCUACAACACAUUAUGCUCGGCACUCGGAGUGUCAAACAUAGUCCAAAUGAAACAAUCUAUUGUUAAAUUUACCAACAACAAAGAAGAUGAUGAUGAGUCAAGUAUAAUCUCCGGUAAUAAAACUAAAAAGAGUAAGAAAAAAGCCAACAACGAUAAAAUGAAAUUGAAGAAAGAGGCAAAAGAAGAAAGAAUGAAAAGUCUCAGUGAAGGACUAGAAGGAGGUUUUAGCAAUGUUGAAAACAUGAAUGGACAUGAACCCGAAGCAGAUGUUGAAAUGAACGGUGACUCAAAUGAAAAUGUGAAAUCGAAGAAAAGAAAAAUGAUAAAUGGUGAAUUAAAAAAAUCUAAGAAAAUGAAAACGUCAGCCUAACCUGUAGAAAUAUUUAUAUUGUUUCAAGAACUGUAUGAUACUUCAAUUUUGUUUCAUAAUGUUCAAUCUUGAAUUGGAAAUCAGUCUUCUUCAUCAGACGUCUAAAAAAACCAAACACAUUAUUUUGUUGAAAAAACAAAAUUGUUGAAAUUUACCUCUGAAGAUAUGUUCCCAAAAAGAUUGAGUUCUGAAAAAUCAUAUUUUUACAUGAUUGUAAGUUUUGUUAAUAAAGUAUUUAUAUUUA